GGCUGCGGGGAGAAUGAACUGUGGGCAGCAGGAUCACAUGGGUUUCUCGAAGAAAAGCGGAGAAAAUGUGCUUUUUUGACUGAUAACUUAUUUUGGAGUCGACGGCUUGAGAUGUAUCCGGACACGAAGGCUGGUUUCUUUCCGCUUCAGUGAUUAAACAAAAGUUGACAAAACAGAAACGAAGUGAGUGAAGCGAUGAUUAACUCAGGCAUGCAAAAGCCACCUGUGGCCCCCAAACCGAAGCUGGCCCAGCCCCAGAGGCCAGGACUGUCUCCUGCAACCCCGAGAAGAGAAGUUCUCUCUCUCCCGUCUCCUGGCACACAGAGGAGGGCUAAACCGGUAGUGGCCCCCAAACCCUGCCUCUCCAAACUCACCACUGAUGUGGAGUCCAAGCCUCUUGCUGCGAAGAGCCUGCUCCAAACAUCUGUAACAGAAACGCCACAGACCGAAGGUCUUCUUAACUCGCAGAAUGGAAUACAGCAACAGAACAAAAAGCCAGAUUGGGAUUAUAUUAUUCCGAUCUGUCUGUGCAGCCAGGAGAACUGCAUGUGCAGCGGCAGGAACUCGUCAGCACACAGGAAGAUCGUCUCUACAUCUCGAGGUUCUGUGGAUGAGAGUAGGGAGAAAACAGACAAGUGCAAAGUGAUGAACACUGCUACCACUACUCACCUCACAAACCAUAAAACUCUUCAAGAAACUGUGGACCAAAAUCUCAACACAGACAUCAACACCUCCAGUCCAACAGAGACACCAACACCUCUGACUGUUAGGCCGUCCCUUCCUCACAGAACAUGGAGCGAUGAGGCAAACGGUAACACACUACCUCAGAGUUCACCUGGGCGAGGACCAGAGGAAGAUGCUCUUGGCUCAGAGGAGAUAUCUCGUGUGUCCCAGCCAAAACCAAUCCCAGCAGCCUCUAGGAAGCCCAUCCCUGUCCCUGUACCACGGAAACCCAGGUCAGCUGGGCUGGCCCGUCAGGAAAAGGUGGUGGAGGAGAGUGAGGAGAUAGUGAGCCAGGAAGGGAGGGAGGUGAAGCUGUCAUCGGAGGGGAAGGGCAGCUCAUCACUGUCUGUCAGUGUACCUUUUGGAAAUGAGGCGCCAAUAUUUCUUUCUGCAAGAAAAGCCUGCGCCCAGCCGGCCCCUCCGCCCAAGAAAAAGCCUUUACUGUCAGCACCUGAGAAAGCACCGACCUAUGAUCUUCAGACACUCCCUACGGAUGUGGAGGAGGAAGACCUGGGCUGGGACAGCAGCAUCCAGGAGAUGGAGGUGUCAGUCGACCAGGAGGAUGAAGAGGUGGAGAAAGAACUAACGCGUGAUCAGGAGUCAGUAUUCAGUGACUUCACACCUAUUCCUCCUUCUAGCCAGUCGCACAAUCUGAGCCAGCCUCCUGCCAGCAGCGUGGCAGCAGAGGUGGUCAAAGUAGCUCCGAAGAAGCCCAAGAGGAACAGCAGCCCGAUGGCUUGGAUGCAGAGGAAGGCAUCCUCUGAGGAAAAAGAAGAGUGGAAAUCAGGAGAUGAAGAGAAAAGGCAAGCACUUCCUUUACAAGAUUGUGUUUUAAAGGAGAGGGUGAUGAAGGAGCUGCCUGCGCCGCCAGUGGUGAAGACCAGCAGAAAAUUCCUAACACCUGGAAUCAUGAAGCCUUCUCGCUCCAGCCUUAACAAACAGAAAUCCAAGUCCUUCUCCGGCGCUGACCUCCUGCGCUCCGACGGACAGAAGAGGAACUCUUUCCGGAGACUGCUGGACUUGAAGCUCUCUGUGAUGAUGCUUCCCAAGAUGAUGAAAGGAGGCCAGAGCUCGGCUAAUGAUAAUGAACAAAGCGUGCACAGGGAGCUGGAUGCAUGUGAGGACUACAACACUCAUCUCCCUCAGCGUAAAAACUCCUGCCCGCUGAUCGGAGUAGAGCAAAGCGUGGACGGAGAUGACUUUCCUCCUGGAUCAGAACAGGAUAUUUACUACGAAAACAUACCUGAAUAUGAAGAAAUAGCAGACUACAUUAAUGUGCAUGUAGGAACGGAAAUCACAUCCCCUCGGGGGUCCAUUGCACAGCCUACAGCCUGGCAGUAUAAUGAUGAGGGCAUCUAUGAGGAGCAGGAGCCUUAUAUGUCCUUUGAGAAAAACACUGAGCAGUAUCAGAUGCCAACAGACCUUGAGAGAAGCUCUGUGGAUGAGGAGGUGACGCCCUUGGACGACGUCCCUUCGGAUGAUGAAAUCUUGGCCAACACCUCAGAGGAAGAGGACGAUAGCAGCUCCAUCUCCAGUAAAGGAGAAGCUGAGCCGGCAGAGGAGAGCACGGGGCAGAGUGGGCAAAAGAAGAACAAGAUUCACCACAUCGCCACAGAAAUCAUGAGCUCUGAGAGUGUGUUUGUUGACGUCCUGAAGCUGCUUCAUGUUGACUUCCGUGAUGCGGCGUCCACGGCGUCUCGUCAGAGUGGGAAGCCUGUGAUUGAGGAGCGUCUUCUCAACCAGAUCCUGUACUACCUCCCUCAGCUCUAUGAACUGAACCAGGAUCUGCUCAGAGAGCUGAAGCACAGAGUGGCCAAAUGGGAUGAAAAUGCUAAGCUAGCAGAUAUUUUCCUGAAGAAAGGGCCAUAUCUCAAGAUGUACUCCACAUACAUCCGUGAGUUUGACAAGAAUGUGGCUCUACUGGAAGAGCAGCGUAAGAAGAACCCUGCAUUCGGCGCCGUGGUGCGGGAAUUUGAGGCCAGUCCACGGUGUGCCAACUUGGCUCUGAAGCAUUACCUCCUGAAACCUGUUCAGAGGAUUCCUCAGUAUCAGAUGUUGCUCACAGACUAUCUGAAAAACCUGUCUGAGGACUCUGAUGAUUACAAGGACACACAAGCGGCCCUUGUCAUAGUGAAAGAAGUGGCCAAUCAUGCCAACGACAUCAUGAAACAAGGGGAUAACUUCCAGAAGCUGAUCCAGGUGCAGUGCAGACUGAACGGCCACCAUGAAAUAGUCCAGCCUGGGCGGAUUUUCCUAAGAGAGGGCAUCCUGAAGAAACUGUCGAGAAAGGUCAUGCAGCCCAGAGUGUUCUUCCUGUUUAGCGACACACUGCUGUACACAACUCCUGCUCAGUCCGGCCAGUUCAAGUUCAACAACAUGUUGUCUCUGGCUGGGAUGAAGGUUAGCAAACCAAGCCAAGAGGCCUAUCAGAACGAGCUGAACAUUGAGAGCGUGGAGCGCUCCUUCACUCUCUCAGCAAGUUCAGCCACAGAGCGAGAUGAAUGGCUCGAGGCUAUUUCCACAGCGAUCAGUGACUACACCAGGAAGAAGAUCAGUUUUAUAUCGGGCAAGCCUCCAGAAGAAUUAGAGCUGACGGACUACUAUAGGGAUGGUGCUCCUUUGGGAUCCAAAGCCCCUAUCUGGAUCCCUGACCCGCGGACCACCAUGUGUAUGAUCUGCACCUGUGAGUUCACGCUGACAUGGAGGAGACACCACUGCCGCGCAUGUGGGAAGGUGGUGUGCCAGUCUUGCUCGUCCAACAAAUACUGUCUUGAAUACCUAAAGAAUCAUUUAGCCCGAGUGUGUGACCAGUGUAUCGAUGUUCUCCUGCAGCAGAAAAGUCAACAAGCCCAAUCAGCAGCUGUAUCCCCUGGAAACAAAGCCACCUUUGCUUUCAACAGGAAGCAGAAGAAGAUCCCUGCAGCUCUCAAAGAGGUGACAGCAAGCACAGACAACUCUUCCAUGAGUGGGUACCUGCAGAGGUCAAAGGUGAACAAAAAGCAGGGGAAGAGGCUGUGGUUCGUUAUCAAAGACAAGGUCCUGUACACGUACGCUGCAAGUGAGGACGUUGCAGCAUUAGAGAGUCAGCCCCUGUUAGGGUUCGUGUUGAAAGAGGAUUCAUCACAGAAGUUACAUUUUAAGCUUUACCACAAAAACACACUUUACUACAUUUUUAAAGCUGACGACCUCCAAACGGCACAGAGAUGGAUCGACACAUUUAAAGAAGCUACGGUGCUCUAACAUUGGUUGACAGUGUUUACCUCAGUGCUCUCCGACUAUAGAGACAUCAUAUUAGUUGCACUGAAAUGCAACCUAAAUACAUUAUUUGUAUUGCUUUUAUUAACCAUAGAGUAGGACAUAGCCAUGUUAGUUUUAUAUUUAAAUUUAAAUCUUUGCCACCAGGAUAUAUACAGUUUUGGAUAAAAAUUAGGAAUCAUAAGUCGCUCCAUGUGAAUCUUUUUUUUAGACUUUUUACCCAUUUUGUAUAAUUAUUUUAGUAACCUGCUUGGAUCUCCAGCAGAUAUCUGUUAAUAAAGCCCAUUGUAAAUAGAUUUGUAAUGAAUUUUAGAGCUCAAAACAAACCCUGCAAUAUGUGUAGAUGUUCCUUGUUGUAUAGUAAUAAUUACUUUAUUUCACACCAGCAUGUGUCUGACUGUUGAGCACACAGUGUGCACUCAUUAUUAACCCUCUCUACAACCUACAUUCUUACUGGUGUAUCAGGGGGUUGUUGUCUGUAUGGGCAUAAGUGUACCAUGUUUAUUGCAUUUGUAAUUCAAAUGGCUGUACAUGUAUUCAAUCCCUACAAGCAUUUUUCUGUAAAUAUAGAGGAUUGUAAAUUAAACUUAAUCAAAUGUCCCCUGAAUCUCACUGUUAUUAUUUUAAUGAUGUCACUGUAAUGCAUGUUUGUUUGAUUGUGCAUUUUGUUAUGGUAAUAA